AAAAAGGAGAAGCGGGCGGGCACAGCUUGGGCGCAGGGACACACCAGCAUCCCCCUGGCACCCAGCGAGAACCUUGGGGAACCCCACAGCUCCCAGCCACAGACCCCUGGCGACAGCCAUGGCAGGGGACGGGGAGCUCAACCGCAUCAUCAAGGACCUGCAGAAGACCGUGGCUGAGCUGAACCGCAGCUACCGAGAGCAGAACCUGCCUGUGACAGACGGGAGCCGAGAGCUGCACAGCCUGUGUGCCCAGCUGGAGUUCCUCCUCCAGUUCGACCUCAAGGAGAAGAGGACCUUCUUCGGGCAGCGCAAGGACUAUUGGGACUUCUUGUGCCAGGGCCUGGCGCAGCGCCGGCAGGAGCACGAGGGCGUUCGCUUCGUCACCUCCCUGGACAAGCUGAAGACCCCCGUGGGCAGGGGCCGAGCCUUCCUGCGGUACUGCCUGGUGCACCGGCAGCUGGCAGAGUCCCUGCAGCUCUGCCUUCUCGAUCCCGAGAGCCUCCGGGAGUGGUACUACGCCCGCAGCCCCUUCCUGAACCCCCAGCGCCGGGCAGAGAUACUGGGCAGCCUCUACGAGCUGGAUGGCGUCACCUUCCACCUGGCUCUGCGCAGGGCUGACCUGGACAUCGCCUGGCCCAUGUUCUCCGAAACACUGGUACGGCACAGCCCGGUGUCCGGGAGCAGCCCAGCAAGGACAGCCCUGCAGACAGAUGAUGCUGGCACCGAGUCACAUGAAUGGCCUGAUGUAAUCGCCCGUCCCACCACAGCACCCCGUGGGGUGUCAGCCCACUCAUGCCCACCCGCCUUGGCUGCCCCACAGGCAGGGGGUGUAAAGGUGGAGGAGGAGCACGUGGAGGUGAAGAAGGCUGUGGAAAAGGGGGAUGAAGAUGAGAUGGAGGAGGAUGAGAAUGAGGAUGAGGAGGUGGAGGUAGACGUGGAGGAGGAUGUGGACCUGGAUAAGGACAUGGAAGAGGAGGAUGAAGAGGAGUUGGAGGAAGUUGAGAAGGAGCUGGAGGACGUGGAUGUCGAGGAGCUGAAAGACUCACAUGGCGCUGGCAAAGCGCCCCAGCCCAAUGGUGACGAGGAGCCUGGCACGCCCCCACUACCCAGCACAGGGUGCAUGCCGGGCUCCUCGCCACCAGUGCCCAGAGAGUCGGGCAGGACAGAGGUGUCCCUGCAGGCACUGGUGUCCCGGCUGCAGGCAGAGCUGGGGCAGCAGGAGGCGGUGUCACAGGCGCUGGCAUCCCGGCUGGCACGGGAGCAGCGGCGGCACCGGCGUCGGGAGGAGGCCAGUGCCCGGCAAGCCCAGCUGCGGGCACAGGAGGCCGAGGCGCUGCGGGAGACCAACACCUUCCUGGGGCAGGCGCUGGCGGCAGCGGUGGCGGCAGGGGGUCCGGGGGCACUGGCACAGGCACAGGAGGAGGCACGGGAAUGGCGGGAGGUGGCGGAGGAGCGGGGUGCCCGGCUGGCCGGGGCGCUGGCGGAGGUGGCAGCGCUGGCCUCGCGCCUGCAGGACUGCCAGACGGCACUGGCGGCAGCAGCAGCAGGACAGACGGACACGCUGAAGGACACCAGUGCCUCUGACGAGGUGGCCGCUGUGGAGGAGGUGCUGCGGCAGGCACUGGAGCUCACCUGUGGCCCCCUGGAGACCCUACCGAGCCCCCAGGUGGAGGGGGAGCCCAACACGGCCACCAGCAUGGCCAUGCGCCUGGCCACCAUGGCCACUGCAGCGCAGGAGGAAGCCCAGCAGAGCCGACAGCAGCUCCAGGCCCAGCAGCAGGAGGUGGUUCGGCUGCAGGAGCAGCUCAGCAGGGCCCGGCAGGACGGGGAGCGCUGGGCAUCGGCACUGCAGCGGGCGCAGCGGGAGGCCCUGGAGCGGGAGGCCACGCGUGGUGCCGAGCAGGCGCGGCAGCAGGAGCUCAUCCGGGACAUGAAGGGGCGGCUGCUGGAGCUGCUGCGGGAGAAGGAUGCCCUGUGGCAGAAGACAGAGGGCAUCGACACCCCGAUACCCAGCCCAGCGCCUCGCGAUGUGGGGCUCUGCACCCGCUGCCACAAGGAUUUCCGCCUCCUCUCCCGGCGGUACAACUGCAGGUGGGCUAUGGGGGGCACUGAGGGGGGGGGCACUGGGAUGGCACAGCUCUCACCACCCUCUCUCUUGGCAGGCUGUGCCAGGGCAAGGCUGUGCCAGGGCAAGGUGUGCCAUGCGUGUUCCGUGGACGUGGGCAAGCAGGGGCGCUGCUGCCUGCUUUGCUACCAGCAAAGGCACCCACAGGCUACGUGAGCCCCCAGGACCACAGCCCUCUCACCACACCUGGGACACCCCCUGCCCUGGCUGCCUCCUCUCGGACUUACCAGGGACCCAGGCAUCUGGAGCCUGCGGGCAGGUCCUGCUGCCCGACAUUUCGGGUUUGA